AUGUGGCCCCGUCGCCUCUCCUCACUGGCCGCCAGUACGUCCUGGGUGCGUCCAGGUUCGUACGACUACCUGCGCGAGGUGCUUGAAAGCCGCGUGUACGAUGUGGCCAUUCAGACGCCAUUGCAGCUUGCUCCGGCGCUGACACAGUCACUACCGGGCCAUUGUCGCCUCUUUCUCAAGCGCGAGGACAUGCAACCGACUUUCUCGUUCAGUGUGCGCGGUGCUUACAAUAAGAUUGCUAGUUUGACGCCAGCUCAGCGGGAGAAGGGCGUUGUGGCGUGUGCGGCCGGCAACCAUCUCGAAGGCGUAGCGUACGCUGCUGCUAAGCUGGGUAUCGACGCAGUUGUCAUUGCACCGGUCGGUACAGUGCAGAACGUUUCUCACUCUACCAAGAGUCAAAUCACAAUCGUGGAGCACGGCGCGGACUUUGAUGCAUCGCUGCAAGAAGCGUUCCGAGUGGCGCAUAGUGAGGGUCGAUCGCUAGUCCACCCGUUCGAUGAUUCGCUAGUUAUCGCUGGCAAUGGCACGAUUGCCAUGGAGAUCUUGAAAGAAACGGCGGGAGACCACCCGUCAGCCAUCUUUUCUCCAGUCGGAGGCGGUGGCUUGAUCGCUGGUCUCGCCGUUUACGUGAAGGCAGUAGCUCCCCAUGUUAAAAUCAUAGGCGUAGAAGCUGAGGGUGCCAAUAUCCUAGAGCAGUCGCUGCAGCAAGGCUCACCUGCAACUCUUGCGAGCGUGAACCGGUUCACGGAAGAAGUGGGCAUCAAGACGAUUGGCACGGAAAAUUACCGACUGUGCAAGGAUCUGGUAGACGAGGUAAUAACUGUAUCGACCGAUGAGAUAUGCGCUGCAAUAAAGGAUGUGUUUGGUGACACGCGCUCACUCAUGGAGCCUACUGGUGCGAUCAGCGUUGCAGGAGCCAAGAAAUACGCGCGAGUGAAGAACGCCCAAAAUGAAAAGUAUGUGGCUGUGCUGGCUGCUGCAAACAUGGAUUUUGACCGGCUGCGCUUCGUUGCGGAGCGCUCAGAUGACCGCGAGCGCUUCAUGGCUGUCAAGAUUCCUGAGAAAAUUGGCAGCUUCCAGGAUCUUUACAACGCCGUUUUCCCUCACAACGUGACCGAGUUCUCAUACCGUAUGAACUCCGAAGAUGACAAUGAAGCGCGUAUCUGCAUGAGCAUCCAGACCAAGACACAGGAAGAGUUCAUUGGCGUCGUAAAGACGAUCAAUAAGCGCGACGACAUGCACGCAAUCGACCUGGCCUCGAACGAAUUAGCCAAGUCGCACUUGCGCCAUCUCGCUGGCGGCCGUCCAGAAAACAUCACAAACGAACGUCUGUUCCGACUCGAGUUCCCGGAGCGUCCCGGUGCACUAAAGGAUUUCCUCGAUACUCUCAGUCAAUCUGCACGCCAGUGGAACGUGAGCCUAUUCCAUUACCGCAACCACGGCGCCGACAUUGGCCGUGUCCUUGUCGGGUUCCAGGUACCACCGAAAGAUAACGCCGUGUUCCUUGCGUUCCUUGACCAAGUGGGUUUUCGUUGCGAAGAAGAGACGCAGAAUUCAGCGUCGAGCUACUUUCUGCACUAG